AUGUCCGCAACACCUCAAUCACAACCCACUAUCAAGGCGUUCUGCGGCGAACAUCAUGUCAUCAACUGGAACAUCAAAGUUCAAGAUCCAGACCUCCAUACUGGAUGUACUGUUGGAAAAUUCUGCGUUGUAGGCAAAGACCAAUCUUGUCCGAUGGCAAAUUUGUUCGCUGCCUAUCAGCAAAGCGGGCUUUGGGAUGCCUGCGACCCAAAACAUCGAGCUUGUUACAUCGGCCAGCCUUGCAUGGUCACUGGCGAGAAGACAUGCCCCAGGAUCCUCUAUGUGGCCAAGUACCAGCACGCCUACGGGAAUUGCUCAUCCAGCGGACCGGAUCAUGCGUUCUGUCCGGCAAUAUCCGAGCUUGAGCAACAGUGCUUGUUCCCGAGCUGUUCUGCUUGUGUCGUCUUGACUGAAGCCAGAGGCCUUGUGCUCAUACAUCGCCGGAUACUUGAUGAGUGUGUGGAGGAUGAAAAUUUCUCCGCCGCGGACAUCGAUUGCAUCAAGAAGAGUGUCUCUGGGUAUAUACGGGCUUUCCAUGUCAGGAGGAAUUUGCACUUGGAGGAACUCCAGAGAGAAUGCCAGAUGGUCUAUGAUAUGGAGAUGAGCUAUGCCUCUGGAAAUGAUGACACUUCAACGGUCUUGAACUUCGCUGCUGGACGGACGAGAUGGUGGAAGGUAACUAUCGGAAAGGUCGUCAACACGAUUAUCCGCAUUCUGUCUUGA